AUGAGGCUCCUUCCUAUGUCUCGGUUUGCUGCGUCCAUCCGCGCUGCACCAAUAUGCAUGACAACCUCAACUCCAUCAAGGCGAGGAAUUCCUCACAUACGCCUGAACUCGACGGAUUCUCAGCCUAAGCCCUCAUCUCCCACCACAAGCUUCUACAAAACCUUCACCCGUCCGGUCGCAAAAGUCCUCCUCAUGGCAACCUUCACAUAUCAAUUGGCAUACUGGGCGUGGGUGAAGCUGGAGAAGGAUGAGAUUAAGGCGCAGAGGUCUGCGGAGAUUACGGAGUUGGAGGCCCAGUUGACGGCGCUGACGGAGGAUAAAAAGAUAGCGAAGACGAACCCUUGA